AGAUGCCCUGUCCUCUCUAUCCGCCUUCUCACGCACCCACCUCAGGAGCUCUUCUCGCCAGCCUUUCUCAGCCACCAUGUCCAGGCAGUCCACCAUCACCUUCCAGACCAGCGGGCGCAGGGGCUUCAGCACUGCCUCGGCCACCACCCUAGCCACCGGACGCUCCCGUUUCAGCUCCGUCUCCACGACCCGCUCCACAGGAGGCAGUGGAGGGCUGGGAAGGAUCAGUGGCGCUGGCACCGGCUUUGGAAGCCGCAGCCUCUACAACCUGGGGGGGACCAAGCGGGUCUCCAUGAGUGGGUGUGGCAGCAACUUCCGAAGUGGCUUUGGUGGCAGGGCAAGCGGCGGGUUUGGGGUCAGCGGUGGAUUUGGCUACGGGGGUGGGGUCGGAGGGGGCUAUGGGGGCUCUAGCUUCCCCUCCUCUGGAGGCAUCCAAGAGGUCACCGUCAACCAGAGUCUCCUGACCCCUCUCAACCUGCAAAUCGACCCCACCAUCCAGCGGGUACGGAAAGAAGAGCGGGAGCAGAUCAAGACCCUCAACAACAAGUUCGCCUCCUUCAUCGACAAGGUGCGCUUCCUGGAGCAGCAGAACAAGGUCCUGGAGACAAAGUGGAGCCUCCUACAGGAGCAGGGCUCCAAGACGGUGAGGCAGAACCUGGAGCCCUUAUUUGACACCUACAUCAAUGACCUCCGCCGGCAGCUGGACAGCAUCACCUCCGAGAGGGGGAGGCUGGACGCCGAGCUGAGGAACAUGCAGGACGUCGUGGAGGAUUUCAAAGUCAGGUACGAGGAUGAAAUUAACAAGCGCACGGCUGCUGAGAAUGAGUUUGUGGCCCUGAAGAAGGACGUGGACGCCGCCUACAUGAACAAGGUGGAGCUGGAGGCCAAGGUCAACUGUCUGACCGACGAGAUCAACUGCUUCCAGACUCUCUUUGAGACAGAGCUAUCCCAGAUGCAGACACGCAUCUCAGACACAUCUGUGGUCCUCUCCAUGGACAACAAUCGCAGCCUGGACCUGGACAGCAUCAUCGCCGAGGUCAAGGCCCAGUACGAGGACAUCGCAAACCGCAGCCGGGCAGAGGCAGAGUCCUGGUAUCAGACCAAGUACGAAGAGCUGCAGGUCACGGCGGGCAGACACGGCGAUGAUCUCCGAAACACCAAACAAGAGAUCUCCGAGAUGAACCGAAUGAUCCAGAGGCUGAGAGCCGAGGUCGACAGCGUCAAGAAGCAGUGUUCCAGCCUGCAGACGGCCAUCGCCGAUGGAGAGCAGCGUGGAGAACUGGCCCUCAAGGAUGCACGGGCCAAGCUGGUGGAGCUGGAGGAGGCCCUGCAGAAGGCCAAGCAGGACAUGGCCCGGUUGCUGCGGGAGUACCAGGAGCUGAUGAACGUCAAGCUGGCCCUGGACGUGGAGAUCGCCACCUACAGGAAGCUGCUGGAGGGCGAGGAGUGCAGGCUGAGCGGAGAGGGCGUUUCUCCAGUCAACAUCUCCGUGGUCACCUCCACCGUUUCCAGUGGCUAUGGCGGCAGCAGCGGCAUUGGAGGUGGAAGCCUGGGUCUCAGCGGGGGCAGCGGCUACUCCUUCACCACCAGCGGUGGGCACGGCCUGGGGGCGGGCCUGGGGGGCUCCGGCUUCAGUGCCAGCAGCAGCCGGGGCCCCGGGGGCAGUGGCUCCAGCGUCAAGUUCGUCUCCACUACCUCCUCCAGCCGGAAGAGCUACAAGCACUGAGUGCAGCUGCCUGCUCCCUCACCCCUGCCCUGAAGCCAGCUCUGCCCGCUGACCUGGCCUGUCUGCAUCACCCUGGACACCUGGGUCCUUCCCCGUCUUCUGCCUCCACAAGGCCCACCUGUGCUGCUGGGAAGCCUGGGGUCCUGGCUAAACCCCAUCCCCACCUAAACCAGCCUCUGCCCUCCUGACCGUUCCUGACACCCUCUCUGUGCCAAGCCCGCUGUCUUUCAAGAUUCACAUUCAGCUUGUCUUGUGGGGACUCUCCCCUCGGCUUCUCCUCCUCACUCCAGAUGCACAGGUGGGGAGCCUGUGUCUCCCAUCUCACUGCCAGGUCGGCAGCCCGCCUGUCUCACGGUGCUUAUAAGCUGUCUGCUGGGAGUGAGGGCUCCCCUCUUCCCUCCCUGGAAUGUGUCAAUUAAACGCAUGUGUAAUGUG